UUAUAAGCGUCGCCUCUGCUUGUUCUCUGAUCGUGGGUGUUGCGUCGUUUGCGCCUCUGACGACCGUGGUGCGCGGUUCCGGGCCGCUUCUCUUGCAGGCUGGCUUCAUAAGUGUGUUGGCUGGAGAGAGAGAGAGAGACAGUGAAGAAGAGUCUUCGGGAGACACAGAGAGCGAGAGAGAGAGAGAGAGAGAGAGAGAGAGUGGGGUUGUUGCUGUUUCUGGGAGGGACUUCGGGAGGAGAUUGACGGCGCCUGGCAAGCUAAGCAGCCCACUUUCAGGAGUUCUCCAUUGAACGCUCGCAUUCUUUCCGGCAUGGAGCGUCGUACGGUGGCUGCUCACCCAUGGCACGAUUUGGAAAUUGGUCCUGAGGCACCAGCCAUUUUCAACUGUGUUAUCGAGAUUGGCAAGGGAAGCAAAGUGAAGUAUGAGCUCGACAAGAAGAGUGGUUUGAUCAAGGUUGAUCGUAUUCUGUAUUCAUCUGUUGUGUACCCACACAACUAUGGUUUCAUCCCCCGCACGCUUUGUGAAGACGAGGAUCCCAUCGAUGUCCUCGUCAUCAUGCAAGAGCCUGUUCUCCCUGGAUGCUUCCUUCGGGCCCGGGCUAUUGGCCUCAUGCCCAUGAUUGACCAGGGUGAGAAGGACGACAAGAUCAUCGCUGUCUGUGCUGACGAUCCCGAGUACAGGCACUUCAAGGACAUCAAGGAACUCCCUCCCCACCGUUUGGCUGAGAUCCGUCGGUUUUUUGAGGACUACAAGAAGAACGAGAACAAGUCAGUCGCAGUGGAUGAGUUCCUCGGCCAUGAAGCCGCGAUCGACGCCAUCGGACACUCAAUGGAUCUAUACGCCUCAUACAUUGUGGAGAGCUUGCGCCAGUAGGAGCCCGGCACUGUCGCAUGUCUAUAGCAUGGAAAUUAGAUAUUUGUCCGGUCAUCAUUAUUAUUCUGAAUUGCCUGUAGUCCUGUGACUACUACAUCGUCACACCGACGCACAAUUUUUAGUACAUAUUGAUAAUGUACAAGCCGAGUCUUUGAUCGAACACAUUAUUUCCCUUCAAUCCGCUUUCGGUCCUUAUUCAUGUCCUACGUUGUCGAAUCCUUGGAUGACGAAUACAAAAUUAAGAUUCCGCUAA